AUUGGUUUGGGCACAAGUGGACGGCGACACUGCUCGAUCCAUGUCGGCCCGCAUGCACGAGGUCGUUUUGAGAAGGCUGCGGAGGGGAAGCCCAGGUGACGAAACAGCAAGCCAAACAGCAGGUGCCCUGGUGGUUGGGAUCCGGUGGAGUGUCUGUAGGACACUGACUCGGAACCAUGGCGACAGGCGAGAGCGGUUCAACGCUUGCCCCGGCAAGUUGGGAGCGGGCUUGGCUGCUUGCGGGAAGCGUAGACGAGCGCUCAGCCAGCGGCAGCGCGAGUGGCGCGGCCGCCAACAGGCUGGAACUGUGCGACCCCAGAUGUCAGCCACAAGUGGUGCAGGCCGUGGUCCGCUGGUCGGGGACCCCGCUGCCUCACUUGAUAUUGCCCGACCCGGGUGCAUUCUCCCUGAAUACACGCUGCCUCUGCCGACAGUGUAUCGCGUGGGAUGGGGGUGGAGCGUCGCUAUUUUUGCAGCGCGCGCAUGGCAGCCGGAGGGGAGUGCGAAGGGAGGCAGACGGCGCCAGCAACGAUGGCGUAAUCAUUGGCCAGCACGCUGGAUGGCCAUCCGGAGCGGCUCUUUCCAAGUGCCAGUCCAGUCCCCCAACGGCCGCCCUGCGACGCCGCGGCGGCAGCAGCAGCAGCAGAGGCAGCAGUCGAAACAGAGUCGCAUUCUCGAGGCACGCGCGAGCAGAGCCGUGUGCGGAGGACUGCGCGGUACGGUGCCGGCUGAGACGUGAGGCUCAAGGCACCGCAGCAGGCUGGCCGAAGCAGGACAUCAUACACCCAUGGAUGGCUCGAAAAGGAGGACUGACUGCCGCCAAGACACACCUCGCCGACCUCUCGUUCCUCCCUGUCCACCGUCUCGAUGAUCGCUAUCUGGACGCUCGGUCCGUCCUCAAGCCUCAGCGCCGUUUGAUCGACCGCCGCCCUGUGUCGAAACCGCAACGAGCGAGUGGUGACGCUGCUGCAACUGCAACGUGCAUCGCCAUGGACGAGCGCUUGCCCUCCAUUUCAUGUCUGCGCCGACGAAGGCGUGAGUUCAGGGCACGGCGAGCGCGUCCUGUCAGGCUGGCCGCCUAUUCUUGGUCCGUCUGGGUGCUACAAGGGGCCGGACCAGGCCCGCAGACGCGUUUUGCGGCGAUAAUCUAGGUGACGCUGGGCGGGCGGAGGCUCACGCGGAGGUGCACAUUCCCGACCGGGACGUGCAGGCCACAUCCAUGGUCCCGCUCGACAUUGGCCUCCAUCCAGGAUUGCGGAACACUGAGCACGCCCGCAACACAGUUGUCAAUAAAUCGAGCUGAUGACCAGGGCCGACGAGGCCGCGAGGGCGAGCGGCCGCGAAAUGAAGCUCAUCGCGCCUCGACCCCGGACCCUGGCGGCUGUCGUCCUUGCGGCGGGCUGAAGCGCUGCUGGGGGCGUGUCUGGUUUUACACUGGCAUGGGAGGGGAAGGGCACGAC